UCUCUCUUCCUCGCGCAUCCCCAGCACUGACUGGCCGCCUGAACACACGUAAGCAGCGGCGUCGCUCCGGCCGCGUGCAGAGCGAUUGCAGCGUCCGUACCCGCAGCCUCCUCUGCGCACGAGCAUCUCUAUCUCUCCGGAAUUACCCUAGCAUCUGAAGCUGCAUCCCGAUCAUCCAGCACCAGCAGAAACAGACACAGACUCGAAUGCCAGAUCGCGCUUCGGGAAUCAGGCUAUAGUCGAUUAUUCGUGCGCUUUAGUCGAUCGCUGGUGCUGCAUUAGGCUGUAGCGCACAAUUAGGCUGUAGCGCACCGCGGUCGCUCGCUGCUUCGAAGCCCAGCAGCAGAGGAGGAGAAAGAAGAAGCAGCAGAAGCAGCAGCUGAAGAAGACCAGAGAGCAAAAUGUUGGAUCCUUCGUCCAGCGAGGAGGAGUCGGACGGGAUAGUGGAAGAGGAGAGCAAGGAGGCGCUGGCCCCGCAAGUGAGCUCCACGCGCGUCUCGCCAAACCGGAGCAGCGAGAGCUCGGACAGGCUGCAGCCCAGCAGCCGCGGCAGCAGCAGCGCCAGGCCGGCCAGCCCGAGCCCCACCGCCGCCGGGGAGCAGGAGAAGGAGGACACGGAGCGACUGCAGCGCGAGGAAGACGAAAGGAAGAGGAAGUUGCAGCUCUAUGUGUUCGUCAUGCGGUGCGUCGCGUACCCGUUCAAUGCCAAGCAGCCCACCGACAUGGCGCGGAGACAGCUGAAGAUCACCAAGCAGCAGCUUCAGACCACCAAGGAUCGCUUUGAGUCUUUCCUCAAAGGGGACACUCAGAUUGUGGCAGACGAGGCCUUCAUCAAUGCAGUUCAGAGCUACUUUGAGGUGUUUCUGAAGAGUGAUCGUGUGGCUAAGAUGGUCCAGACUGGAGGUUUCUCUGCUGUGGACUGUCGUGAAGUGUUCAAGCGGCACAUCGAGAAGCGCGUUCGUAGUCUGCCUGAGAUCGACGGCUUGAGCAAAGAGACGGUGCUGAGCUCCUGGAUGGCCAAGUUUGACACCAUCUACCGCGGGGACGAGGACCCACGAAAGGCACAGCAGCGCAUGACAGCUAGUGCUGCUUCUGAGCUCAUUCUCAGCAAAGACCAGCUUUACGAGAUGUUCCAGCAGAUACUUGGCAUCAAGAAAUUCGAGCACCAGCUGCUGUACCAAGCCUGCCAGUUGGAUAAUCUGGACGAGCAGGCAGCUCAAAUCAGAAGGGAGCUGGAUGGCCGUCUGCAGAUGGCUGAUCAGAUUGCCAGGGCAGCCAAGUUCCCCAAGUUUGUGUCCAAGGAAAUGGAGGCCAUGUACAUUGAGGAGCUGAAGUCAUCCGUAAACCAGCUGAUGGCUAAUUUGGAAAGCAUGCCUGUGUCUAAGGGCGGCGAGUUCAAACUCCAGAAGCUGAAAAGAGGACACAACACCUCCAUCAUUGACAUGGGCCAGGAGGAUGAGAACCAGCUGUCCAAGUCAGAUGUGGUCCUGUCCUUCACCCUCGAGGUGGUGAUCAUGGAGGUGGUGGGGCUGAAAUCCCUGGCUCCAAACCGCAUUGUGUAUUGUACCAUGGAGGUGGAGGGAGGGGAAAAGCUCCAAACUGACCAGGCUGAGGCAUCCAAACCAACAUGGGGGACUCAAGGAGACUUCACAACUACACAUCCUCUGCCUGCGGUCAAAGUCAAACUGUUCACUGAAAGUACGGGAGUUCUGGCCCUGGAGGAUAAGGAGCUGGGCAGGGUUGUUCUUCACCCAACACCUAAUAGUCCAAAGCAGUCAGAGCUGCAUAAGAUGACAGUGACAAAGGCCUGCCCCGACCAAGACCUGAAGAUCAAACUGGCUAUUCGCAUGGACAAGCCUCAGAACAUGAAGGCAUGCGGGUACUUGUGGGCUUUUGGGAAGAAUGUUUGGAAGCGCUGGAAGAAGCGAUUCUUUGUAUUGGUCCAGGUGAGUCAGUACACCUUUGCCAUGUGCAGCUAUCGGGAGAAGAAGUCCGAGCCUCAGGAACUGUUACAGCUGGAUGGCUAUACUGUGGAUUACACUGACCCACAGCCAGGUCUGGAUGGAGGUCGUGCAUUUUUUAAUGCCGUGAAGGAAGGCGACACUGUGAUCUUCGCCAGCGAUGAUGAGCAGGACCGCAUUCUAUGGGUGCAGGCCAUGUACCGAGCCACCGGCCAAUCACACAAACCGGUACCGCCUACCCAGGUCCAGAAACUUAACUCCAAGGGUGGAGCUGCAGCGCAGAUGGAUGCGCCCAUCUCUCAGUUCUAUGCUGACAGGGCACAGAAGCACGGCAUGGAUGAGUUUAUCUCGGCUAACCCCUGUAGCUUUGACCACGCCUCGCUGUUUGAGAUGGUGCAGAGGCUCACACUGGACCACAGGCUCAAUGACAACUUCGCAUGCCUGGGAUGGUUCAGCCCGGGGCAAGUCUUUGUCCUGGAUGAGUACUGCGCUCGAAAUGGAGUGAGGGGAUGUCACAGACAUUUGUGUUACCUUGGUGACCUGCUGGAGAGAGCCGAUGCGGGGAACAUGAUUGACCCGACGCUGCUGCACUACAGCUUUGCUUUCUGUGCCUCGCAUGUCCAUGGGAACAGUCAAAAGGGGUCUGAGUUACAGGGGUGUGGCUCUAAGCCAGGAGGGAAAAAGGAGUCUAAAAAAAAGAGGAACUGUAAGCCUCAGCCAGUCCCUGUGUGCCAAAGGCCUGAUGGUCUUGGAACUGUAACCGUGGAAGAAAAGGAACGCUUUGAAGAAAUCAAAGAACGAUUACGUGUUCUGCUGGAAAACCAGAUCACAAACUUUAGGUAUUGUUUUCCUUUUGGGCGCCCUGAAGGAGCACUGAAAGCCACUCUGUCUCUGCUAGAGAGGGUUCUUAUGAAGGACAUUGUGACCCCAGUCCCGCAGGAAGAAGUAAAGGGCGUGAUCCGUAAAUGCCUGGAGCAGGCAGCUCAGAUCAACUACCAACGCAUUACUGAAUACGCUACAGUGGAAGGAAAAAAGAGGGAAAUGUAUGAUCACCCUGUCUACUCCUUGGCUACACAAGUGAUGGAUUUAACCAUCCUUGAGAAAACUCUAAAGGAUCAAAGGGAUCCAGAGAAUGUAGCCAACCUAGCUACACCUGCCAAAAAACUGGAGCAUGUCAUCCGCCUGGCAGAGUUAGUCAUAGAGGUUCUCCAGCAGAAUCAGGAUCAUCAUGCUGAGGCUGCGGUCACAAGUACAGGAGACCAGUCGGCCUUUGCAUGGUGGUCGGAUCUGAUGGUGGAGCAUGCCGAGCACUUCCUGUCCCUGUACGGCGUUGACAUGGACGCAGCUCUAGAGAUCCAGUCUCCUGAAAGCUGGGACAGUUUCCCUCUCUUCCAGCUCCUUAAUGACUUCUUACGAAAUGACUACCAUCUGUGUAAUGGGAAGUUUCACAAGCACCUGCAGGACCUUUAUGCCCCCCUUGUGGUGCGAUAUGUCGAUCUAAUGGAGUCCUCCAUCUCUCAGUCCAUUCACAGGGGCUUUGAGCGCGAGUCAUGGGAGCCUGUGAAGAGUUUAACAAGUAAUCUGCCCAAUGUGAAUCUACCAAAUGUGAACCUCCAAAUUCCCAAAGUACCAAAUCUUCCCGUGCCAGUAGCAGGACUAUCUGUUAACCUUCCACAAAUGCCUAGCUUUUCCACUCCAUCCUGGAUGGCUGCUAUUUAUGACUCUGAUAAUGGCUCGGGAACUUCAGAAGAUCUUUUCUGGAAGCUGGAUGCCCUUCAGACAUUCAUCAGAGAUCUGCACUGGCCUGAGGAGGAGUUCGCCAAGCACCUAGACAACCGUAUGAAGCUCAUGUCCAGCGACAUGAUUGAGUCCUGUGUUAAACGCACAAGGGCAGCAUUUGAGUCCAAGCUGACCAAGAGUAGCCGUUCAACAGACUUCCGCAUCCCACUGUCCUUAUGUACCAUGUUUAACGUGAUGGUGGAUGCCAAGGACCAGUCAGCUAAACUGUGUGCCAUGGAGAUGGGCCAGGAGAAACAGUAUCACACUAAAAUUGAUGAACUGAUUGAAGAGAGUGUAAAGGACAUGAUUGCUCUUUUGGUGGCUAAGUUUGUGGUGAUUCUGGAAAGUGUUCUAGCCAAGAUUUCCAGAUACGAUGAGGGAACUCUUUUCUCAUCCUUCCUAUCAUUCACGGUGAAAGCGGCAUCAAAGUAUGUGGAUGUCCCUAAACCGGGAAUGGAUGUUGCUGAUGGCUAUGUGACCUUUGUUCGUCACUCUCAGGACAUACUGCGAGAUAAGGUCAAUGAGGAGGUGUAUAUAGAGAGGUUAUUUGAUCAAUGGUAUACAGCCACCAUGAAUCUGCUGGGGACUUGGCUCACUGACCGAAUGGACCAACAGCUCCAUGUCUACCAACUCAAAAUCCUCAUCAGGAUUGUAAAGAAGAAGUAUCGAGACUUUAGGCUGCAAGGCGUUCUUGACUCCACACUGAACAGCAAGAUGUACGACACGGUACGGAACCGGCUCACCCUGGAGGAGGCCACCGCCUCUGUCCGAGAGGGAGGCAUGCAGGGCAUUUCCAUGAAGGACAGCGACGAAGAAGAUGAGGAGGACGAUUAAAGCACCAACCCAUCCCGGUGCCCCGCCCCAGCCACCUGGAACCUGCCCCCUCCACACCACCCCCCCUUACCUACCCCAACUUAGCCUGGUAACAGAAGAUGCAUGUACCAACUCUGAAUACUCCAGUUAGCCACUCUAGGACCUCCCCCAUCAGCUCGAAAUGCCCACAAACAGAGCUAAAGUCGAGAAAAUCUAGUAAUUAUAUUGAGUAAAAGAAACUUUAAAAGAGAUACGAGAACAUGAUUGAAAAUUUUAGAUGUGUGAUGAUAUAAUAAAGAAUGAAAAAACACUAACAGAUUUUUGGACUGAUUUAUUUGGGAAUUUAUUUCUAUGUGUUCCUAAGCAAUAUGGAGUACCAUUUGUUUGACAAUGUCGAGUGAGAUUAUUAGGUGUGUCCCUGUCCAAUGCGAUAACAUAUAUGGCGCUUCUUUGACGUAAUCUUACAUACAUUAAUGGUACAUUGUCGUGAAGAUGAGUGUAUGGAUCCUUUUCUUUGUCUUGUCUGUUUAUAAAGUGGAUGCCAACUGCUUCAAAACUGAAAAUGAACUUCUGUAUUUAAGUUAAAAGCUGUUAACUGUAAAUGUCCUCUGUGUCUGCACACUCUCAUAAAAAAUGUACCAACUUUAGUUUUUAUUUGAUUUUUAUGUUCUUUAUUUGUGCUAAGGCUCUGUGACUCUUCUGAGGCUCUUAUGUUGCAACUCACCAACAAGGCAUUGUCUCACAUUCAUCUUAAAACUAAAAUGAAUUGGUAUUCUAGAAAGGCAAUAUUAGCUCCAUUUUGAUAUCUUAUUGGAGACGUCUUUUGUUUAGAUGUCAGAAAUGACCACAAAAUAAUAUAUUUUUCUUUAGUUCAACUUUUACAAAGAGAAUAAAAAAAGAUUUCUUGCUUUUCUUCUUGCUUUUUUUAUGUUGUAUUAGACACUUUUUUUCUUUUGUUAUUUACGUAGCCAGAGAUACGUGCCAUUUUUGGGGGGUCUCACUAUUGUUUUGUAUAUAUGAAGCUGUAUAUUGCAUUCUGAGCCAUCGCUGCAUGCCUGUGGGUUCCACCUUCUCCAAAAGCUUUUUGUUUUUUUUCUGUGUCAGUUAGCUGGUGGAUUCAUUCUUGCGUUGCCUUAUCAAAGCCAACAGUUGUUAUAUGCAAGAGCUGUGGCCUCUCAAUAAAGAUAACUGUACAAAUACA